CACUAAAACGGCUCGAAAAUCACAAGAACUGCUCAUGAUUGGUACAUCACCUAUACGUGGUUGGAUCGUGCAAUUUGCGCUGGAUAGUGCAGUUGUUCUAUUGCUGUAGAGAAACUCGUCCCACCCCUCGCUAUUCCCAGCUCAGACCACGUCGCGCUAUUAUUUGGGCAGGCAGCCCAACAUUGUGGAAACAGUAAUCAACACCAACCACCAUGACACUCACCAAAUACCAAAGAGGAGACCAGAUCGAGGGAUGGAACGACUGUCCGCCCAUGGUGAUGUCUCGGACCAGCAGCUCGUCCAGCGUGCUCAAAAGCAAGAGCAGAAGAGCUGCAAAUCCAGUGGCAGCUGCCUCUUCUCGAAGCUCGAGUGGACUGCUGCCAUCAGAACUCAGUCCAACUCCCACAAUAGCGACAGCUAUCCCGACAGCUACAUCGCCUGCCACACCAACAUCUCUCAGUUCGGACCACUCUCCAGAAGUGGUAGCGGCUCUCAUUCACAGUGUACUCCAGAAACCAUCCAAGCUUCCAGAACGUGAAUUGGCUCAUUAUGAGCAAAAGCUCGGAGCACACAUAAAAUCGCUCUCCCUGCAGCAUUUGGACUUCAUCCACUCGGUCACAACCAGAUUGCUAGCAGUUAUAGACUCGGGAGAGUCCCGCGAGGACAUCAAGAAGGAAGUGUUGGACUACAUGAUCCUCCACGAUGGAGUCAGCUUGUGGUGCUCUCCCUUGAAGAAGAUCGUGACGGGUGUCGUUUGAAUAGCGAUCUCUGGUGCGUUCAGGCCACUUCAUUUACGAGACAACGAUGUAUAUCUAUUUAGAAUUAGUACCAAUACAAAAGGAAUACCAAUAAAUUCACAGAAAAGUAUAAUCUGCAGUUCUGGCUUCUAACCAUCUCCGCCAGAUAACACCAACUCCACU